UUUAUGAUUAUCACUGUGAAGGCGUUAUUCGAAUUUAAGAAAAUAUUUUCUAGGAUAAUUUAUUUUUGUUCUGUUUUAAGAAUGAGCAAACUCAAGACAACGCCACCACUUGUUAGCCUAAAUAAAAUUAACACUGUUUCAGAAGUCGAAAUACGCUUACAUGAACCACUUAUUAUAAAACCGGGUUCUCGUAAAAAACGAAUAGGAUUACAAGUUUUAAACGCGUUAGCAAGGCUGGAAGUGCUGUUGAGUAAAGAAGAAAUGCUUGCAAGUUCGGAAACCGGUGUGCAGAACUUGAAGCAGCAACUAUAUAACAAGACUGAGAUCGAUAACACAAUUGCCGUUUUAGAGGCUUCGUUAUUGCAAUUUGAGGAAGAUGGAUCAGCAAAGAAAGAUGUUCAAACUUAUCUCACAGAACUUGGACUCGCGUUAUUAUUUCCGAAGUCUGCGAAGCGUUUAGUUGUACCCAACCUAGUCCCAGGAAAAGCUGAUGCCUUAGCACAUUUCCAUGAGAUGAACGUACUAAAUCAACUUGUUUCGAUCUCAUUGCAACUUCAACAAGAUAUAAAACUCACAAAUCACAAAUACAUGGCACAUCAACUCGCAUUGCUAUAUCAAUGUCUCAAUCAAGCUGGUGGACAUUUUAUUAAAUAUAAAUCCCGUGUUGAGUUACAUUUCGAUGCCAUCAAGGAAAUGACGAAUAGCUCGGAGGAACCAAAACUUUCAUCUGAACAAGAACAAUGGUUAUCGCAAUUGACGGCGGAUGUUGUUACCGAAGCUUUAUUCAGUGGAAGACCUGUCACUGCAAUGUCACAGCCUUUGGCGGCUUAUUUAAAUAAUGUUAGCGAAGCGCUACCGAAAGAUGAAAAACGAGCUAUCUUCUGAUAGCUAGAAUCCAACACGUUAUAUGAAAACCAAAUAAAUUUUUUGUCCUAUAUUUGAUUAUAUUUAUUUAUUUUUUUAAAUGGAAAAUUCGUUUCUUGUGGCUUGUUUUUUUCCUAUUUUGGUUUAGCCACCUUUAUUU